GAACAAAACUGACUCCGGAGAGCAAACAUGGCGGCGUCGUUGGUGCGGGUUGUCCGCGGAGGACUUGGAAGGAGUUUUAACAUUGCAAGAAGUUCGUGUGUCCUCCAGCAGCAAAGCAGGCUGCAGAGCUCCACCACUGACAACCGUCCCACUGUCAGGCCCAAAGAUGCCGUCACUCACAAGCAGCUGGCAGCGUUUGGAGAGUAUGUGGCUGAGAUGAUGCCCAAAUACGUCCAGCAGGUUGAGGUGACGAGUUAUAACGAGCUCGAGGUGAUGAUCCAUCCUGACGGAGUGAUCCCUAUGCUGACCUUCCUGAAGGAUCACACCAACGCCCAGUUCAAGAGCAUGAUCGACCUGACAGCUGUCGACAUCCCAACACGGCAGAACCGCUUUGAGAUUGUGUACAACCUGCUGUCGCUGCGCUACAACUCCCGCAUCCGCGUCAAGACGUACACAGAUGAGCUCACGCCGGUGGACUCGGCCGUCCCCGUCCACAUGGCUGCCAACUGGUACGAGAGGGAGGUAUGGGACAUGUUCGGGGUGUUCUUCGCCGACCACCCCGACCUGAGGCGCAUUCUGACGGACUACGGCUUCGAGGGUCACCCCUUCAGAAAGGAUUUCCCUCUGUCAGGAUACGUAGAGGUGCGCUACGACGACGAGGUGAAGCGUGUGGUGGCCGAGCCCGUGGAGCUGUCGCAGGAGUUCAGGAAGUUCGACCUGAACACGCCCUGGGAGGUGUUCCCCGCCCACCGGGAGCCCAAAGAGGCGGCACCCAAGCUGGAGGCCGGCGACGCAGCCCCUGAGAAGAAGUGAUGUUCCUCCGUUUAGGCCGACCUCACUUCAUCAACAUGUUCUGUCUGCUUGUGUCAUUCUGGGACCGCAGUCCCUCCAGAACCCUGAUAUUUAUGUAAAUAAAGUAAACCAUCUUUAAAUGAUCA